AUGAAGCGGAAGACGCGGAACAAGAUCGUGAUGACGGUGCUGCUGCUGGGGGCGGCGGCGGUGCUGGUAGGCGGCACGCUGGCGUUGAUCCUGACGGCGGGGACGUGGAAGGUGAAGCUCAAGGAGUCGCAGGAGAAGGUGUGCAACAAGGGGUGGGAGUGCUCCGGGACCAAGUACUGCUGCAACCAGACCAUCACCGACUUCUUCAAGGUGUACCAGUUCGAGAACCUCUUCGCCAAGCGCAACUUCCCUGUCGCCAAGGCCGUCGGCUUCUGGGACUACCAGGCCUUCAUCACCGCCGCCUCCCUCUUCGAGAACCAGGGCUUCUGCACCAUCGUCGGCAUCGACAUGCAGAUGAUGGAGCUCUGCGCCUUCCUCGGACACGUCGGCGCAAAGACCUCAUGUAUGUAG